GAAACACGCCACUCUGUUUUUACUGACAUCGCCCAGAGCUCAGUGCAGCUGUGAGGAAAUCAGAAGAGAAAGAUAGGGAGGGGAGGGACCGCGUCAGAGCCAACAAGCAAGAGAAAAGGAUGGUAGUUCACAUGGAGGAGGGGUUUCAUCAAGAGAGAGGUUACAAUAGACGGUGAGAAAAAGCAAGAGAGGGACAGAGACUGUGUGUGAGAGUGAAGGAUGCUGUUGCCAGGGAACAAGCCUAAAAUAGAAGAGCCCAUCUUUAACAGCUUGCUCGAAGAUGAAAACCCUGUUAAUGAUGGAUGCUAAAUGGACCAAACGUGAGGAAAACAGGUGAUUUUGACUCUGGGCAACCCUGCAGAAUCAAAGAGAAGGAGGACACGAUUUGUCUCCCUGCCUCCAUUUCCAGCAUCAGUAAUCUGCAGCCCAGAUCCAGAGCACAUCCGGAGUAUUCCACCUGCAGAGGUAAACAGGGAUGACCCUGACUCGGCAGCUUUAAGGAGGUGCCAGUAUAGAAAGGAAGCAUCUGCAAGAGAAAAAGGAAGUCUCCAAAACGGUGAAGUGUACCGCUCCAUUAAUACAAUAUAGCACAGUGAGCUGAAGCCCGUCCUUCCUGGCAGAGGAUGGGUACAGCCGAAGCCACUUUGCGAAUGGACAGCAUGGAGGUUAAGGAUGAGUGGCAGGACGAAGACUUCCCCAGACCACUGCCAGAGGAUGGAGAUGUUGAUUCAUGUGGCCUCACAGACAUAAGAACCAAUCCUCCCACCACUCUGAAUGUCAGGGAGUCUAUGACCCAGAGGAAGCGUCGUACCCUGGUCGCCCCCGACAUGAACCUGUCCCUGGAUCAGAGCGAGGGGUCGGUGCUCUCUGAUGACUUCCUGGAAACACCCGACGACCUGGACAUCAAUGUUGAUGACAUCGAGACUCCUGAUGAGACAGACUCACUUGAGUUCAUCAACAAUGGAAAUGAGCUGGAGUGGGAAGAUGACACUCCUGUGGCCACCGCCAAGCGUCUUCCAGGUGAAAGUGAAGAGGAGAGAGACUCAUCUGGUCGUCUGUGGCGAACAGUGAUCAUAGGCGACCAGGAGCAAAGGAUUGACAUGCAGGUCAUCAGACCGUACCUGCGGGUGGUCACACAUGGAGGUUAUUAUGGUGAAGGUCUGAAUGCGAUCAUUGUGUUUGCAGCCUGCUACCUCCCUGACAGCAGCUGUGACGACUACACAUACAUCAUGGAGAAUCUCUUCCUGUAUGUUGUGAGCAGCCUGGAGCUGCUGGUGGCUGAAGAUUAUAUGAUUGUUUACCUGAAUGGAGCCACUCCUCGCAGGAAGAUGCCAGGAAUCAGCUGGCUGAAGAGAUGCUACCAGAUGAUUGACAGAAAACUGAGGAAGAAUUUAAAGUGUCUCAUCAUCGCUCACCCCACAUGGUUUAUCCGGACGGUCCUGGCUAUCUCAAGACCUUUCAUCAGUGUAAAGUUCAUGGAUAAGAUCCGAUAUGUUCACACCCUGGAAGAGCUCAGCCAGAUAAUCCCCAUGGAGCAUGUGCAGAUCCCUGAAUGUGUGCUGCAGUAUGAUGACGAAAAGAUAAAAGCACAAAGAGAAAGACUUGAGCAAGAGCAGCAGACUAACUCAACACUGACUAAAAAGAGGCCUAAGUCAAUGAUGCCAGAGGUUGGCCGUGACAUCUGACAUUAAGAUCUUUGAGUUGAAGAGCCAGUGAGGGACGUUCAUUAAAAUGGAACCAGCAUCUCAAGCUUCUUGCACAGGAUUAAAUGCUCUGAAGGAAUCUAUUACCUGCAGGACAAUCAUUCUUCAAUAUAGCUCAUGUUCUCAGUGCUUGCUUCUAACAGAUCAUUCACACCAAGACAUUACAGCUUCAGUCAGAAACUAUCUGCUUCCUGCAUGCCUGCAUUGAACUUUACUGUACAGCAUGACGAAGUCAUUCUAAUGAAAAGUUGCAGACUCAGACAAAAUUCUUCUUACAGAACUUGGAACAUGUACAAAUUUGUAAUCUAUUUUUUGAGAAAGGUGUUUGCACAUUAAACAGCAUGGGUUCUGUUUGGUUACAUGGAUAUUGAUUAUAAACCAAUGUGCAAUGAUAUUACUGUCGGACCUGAGGUAGAUGUCACUGGUGCAAAAGUGUGUAACAGUUUUUAAAUUUUCUGGAGUUGAGUAUGCAGGUGGCAUGCUUGUUUGUAUUCUUCCUUCCUUUGGUACAUGUUUUUGUUCGUUUUUAGGUUUUAACAGGUUGAAAGCACACAUUAUUACAAAUAAAACUUUAUUUAUUCAAAGAAAGACUUAAAAUAUUGCUUUAAAUGUUAUUUAUGUAAAUGUG